CCAAUUUAUCCCACUAUGCUUGUAUUCGCGUCUUCUAGACCAGUCACUCUUCAAACCCCUUUACCAGGAAUAAAUAGCCCCCUUGUAACUGCAUCUGAGCUAAAAAUUGGACCGCCGUAGCGAGAGGGAGAAACCCAGUUCCAGUGCUCUGGGCUUCACCCCUUCUGGGAGCAAUUCCAAUUCCAUAAAAACUGAUUCGAUCAUUACUCCCAAUUACCAUCUUCGCAUUGUCACCUUCUUUACACUCCUUUUUCAACUCCUGAUAGCCUGAGCAUUUUUGUUUCGAAAGAAUCUGAAGGAGCCACGUCAUAAGAGUCGCCAUUACCUCAUCCGCUGAAGCAGAUUUCUUCCUCAGGAGCGACUCAUCGCGCGCUGCUGCUCGAGAAUCACAGCCAUAUUCAUAUUUCAUAAUGAAGUUCCGAAGGCGUCCAGCUCCGCUUCUUCUCCUCCUUCUGCCAUCGUUGGCGACAGCUCUUUCGGCCGCUGCCCAAGACAAUAUACAAUCAACACUGAGCAAGAAUACACAACCUCGAGAUGCGAGGAUAGAUCCUCACCCUUCACCGGUGGUCGACCUAGCUGCAAAGUCGAAGCUUGAUAUAGGGACAAAAGAUGCACCUGUUGAUGGCAAAGAUGGGAAACCGCAUGCAGGUCCUUGGGUUGGCUCGGAGAAGGACUCGAAAGAUACCAAGAAAGAUUCCAAGAAGUCGAAAUCAGAAGAUGGUGAAUUGGUUACAACGAAGACGGAUACUUCCAAGAUGGUCACGCCGGAUGGAGAAAAGAUACCAGCUGUCAACGAUGGCGUAAUGGAUGAUCCGCAUAGACAAUUACCCAAAGAAGGAACAACUGGGACCGAGGGUGGAGUCAGUGAGAAAGAUAAGGCACGCAAAGCACAAGAGGGACAGACUGGAGAGAAACUGGAAAAGAAGCCAGAUUCACCCAAAGAAGCACCUCCGUUGCCUCACAGCGAACAAACCAAGAUCAAAAGUGAAAAGGGUGAGAAGACUACGAAGGAUGCAGAUUCCUACGACGACGAUUCCGGAGAAGGGCUUGGUGGACUCGAGAAACCGAAUGACCUUCCAAAUAAACCCAAUAAUCUCCCGCAUCCUCUCCCAGAUUCUGCCAACAAGGACCACUUAGAUAUUGCGAAGCCCGGCUCGAAAGAUUCCGCCAAAUAUGACCUUCCAGAAGAUGACGCCGGCGAAGGGCUUAUCCAACCCCUUCACUCCUUCGUGCUAUCACUUACAAUGAUUCUAUUUUCAGAAAUUGGCGACAAGACUUUCCUCAUUGCAGCUCUCAUGGCAAUGAAGCAUGAUCGACUUCUGGUCUUCUCCGCAGCCUUUUCUGCUUUAAUCACUAUGACGGUUUUAUCUGCAGUUCUCGGACAUGCAGUGCCAACCCUGAUCCCCAAGCGCUUCACAAAUUACCUUGCAGCAGCUCUGUUCUUAAUAUUUGGUGGACGCAUGUUGAAGGAAGGGCUGGCAAUGAGUCCAGAUGAAGGGGUUGGUGCCGAAAUGAAAGAAGUAGAAAUGGAAUUAGAGGAGAAAGAACACCAAGCGCGACAGCAAGGACGACGACGGUCGUCUAUCUCGCCAUAUGCUCUCGAAAUGGGUUUGGGAAGCAGAGGGACAAGGAAGUCGAGAUCAGGGUCUCGUUUACCAUCACCUCCUCGCAGUCCAUCAGAAUCCCCUGAUAGAUCGCCAGCCCCAUCAGGCUCAUCUUUCAAGAGCUUCCUCGCGGGGCUUAGCAAUCUACUUGGACUUCUUCUAAGCCCGGCUUGGGUCCAAACUUUUGUCAUGACCUUUUUGGGCGAGUGGGGAGAUAGAAGUCAGAUUGCUACUAUUGCUAUGGCAGCUGGUCAAGACUAUUGGUGGGUAACUGGUGGUGCGAUACUUGGUCAUUGUGCUUGUACUGGUGUUGCAGUCAUUGGCGGUCGUGCUAUUGCUGGGAAAGUGAGCCUGAGAGUCGUCACUUUAGGAGGUGCGAUAGCAUUCUUAGUCUUCGGCGUCAUCUAUUUGAUCGAGGCCCUGUACUCGGCUUGAACGACAACUUGUUUAUUAUUGUAUCAUUACAUAGAAGCCGUCCCGAGACGGACAUUCCUUUUCUCUAAUUAUGUCCAUUUCCGUAUAUCCUUGUGAGGGUACAGUUGGGUACCGGUGCAAGCGGAAGUCCAACUCCAUACCUGAAGGACUGGGUGUAUGUUAUCUCCGGGGUGUUGGGCAGCUAGGAUCAAGCUGUUAGGUCUUUUUCAACAUACUCGUGGAUGGGAGCAUAACAUCGGCGUUUGUUAUUCUGUCUAAGCGUGGUAAAGCAGUACCGAUAAAUAAAAGAAUUCUUUCCUG